UGGUCGCAGAGAACGUAGAACGUAUAUUAUACGUUCUUUGCAAGCUGAAAGAAAGUCAAGUUCGGCGAGCGAAAACUUCAAAUUUUUUCAAAUUUUAUUUUGAAAAUUUUUAUUUUUACAAUUCGUGAAAAGAAAUUAUAUUUUUUCAGAGUUUAUAUUGCAGUAAAAGCAGUAAAACGGAGGUAAAUAAGCGUAGAAACGAAAGUAGCUCUUGCUUGAGCAACGGAGACGGCGGUGCUGUAGUGGAUACGCGCAGUAAAAAUGCAAUAUCUGCGACAUCCUUAAAACCCAUGGAAACGUUAAAGGGUAUUUUCAGUGUCCCCAAGAUGGAUCGGAAUCGUCGUAACUUUCUGCGUGAGAAUAAACUAAGCUUACGCGAGUUACAACGUGUAACAAAUAAGAAUAGAAUGCUACAGGAACAAGAGCAAAUAAUAAGGGAACAAAAACUUGUGGGAAGACGUUCACAAUCGCAGCAACGAAAUAAUAAUAUUUUUGAUAAACCAACCGUGUCACGCUGCCCCUCAUUAUCGCGCGUGCCCAGCGGUCGUGCUGCAGGCCCUUCAAUAGGCGGCAGUAUAGGUGAUGGUGUAAAUAACAAUGGACGACGUCACGUUUCGCGCACAAAUAGUACAACUACAAUAAAAUCUGUGCAUAAGCAGGUGCAAACUGAAGAUAUACAGGACGAACAAUUUUUGUAUGAUGCACUAAAGAGAUGUACCACUAAUGAUUGUAUUUCUCGUUCAAAUGGUUUACAACCAAAUUAUACACCGCGUUCCCAGCACACAGUGAUCGAUGCACCAAGCCGAAACACUUUCUACCCGCCAGCUGUAGAUGAUGUGGACCCAAGAGGUUUAGAAAAUACCACUGAUCAACCCUAUGCCAUGCAGAAACAAAUGGAGGAUCAAUACGUGCAACACAGUAAUGAACAGAAAUAUACUCAACAACAUUACAAUGGACAGCAGCUAGCGGAUUCAUCUGAAGGAGAUAAUGAAGCGGCAUUACAAGGUGAAAAUGUCGAACGUUCAUAUGCGCCUGACUCGUCGUCCAAAUAUAAUUUUGCACCAACACCGCGCUCACAACAACACUUCACUAAUGGCUAUAAUAUGGUGGAGAAUGACGGUUUACCACCCACAACAACAAUGCAAUCAUCAUAUGAACCACCAGAUCAACAGCAGCAACAGGCCCCUCUUCGUUACCGUAUGCAACCGCAUGUACAGGAAGAAUUGCGUGGCAAUUUCGAAAAUAUGUCUUUAAAUAAUGGCUAUGGAGGUGCUGGCGAUUGUGAUAUUAGCGGUGAUGAUGAUUGUGCUAACAUAGAAGGAGCUAAUAGUGGCGGUGUAGAGGCUGUUUCGAUUUCCGGCCGGAGUCGUCGCACGAAUUUCUCACAACAUAGUAAUACAGACUUGACGAAGAAACGCUCAAAUGGCAGCGUACACAAGUUGGGUUCCCGCGAUAAUAUAAGCCUGCCGCGUUAUUUAGAGCGCGAGAAACGCGAAAGAGAGGAGCAACGUCAACGUGAAAGUGAACGGGAUCCCAAUUGUCCACCAGGACACUAUCCUCUUACGGACAAGGAGCGACAGGCAGCACUGCAAUCAGCUGAAACAAGAUUCAAAGCACUCAUAAAUGAACUGAAUCGCAUGCCCAUGACAACGGAAACUUUACGUAUGCGCGUGCGUAAGGCCGAAAUCGAAAAGGAGCUAAAACAACUGGAAACCGACAUAAGAGUGUUUUCCAAGACUAAAGUGUAUGUGAAGCACAAGCAAUAGGAUUUAUUUAAUAUAAAUAGAAUGACCAGACGCAAUUUAAAAUGAUUUUUAUUAAAAAAAAAAACGUGCAAAUAUAAUAGAAAUAUGUACAUAUGUAUUUUACUACUAAAAUGGCAGAAAUGCCAUUUCAUUGAUACUAACAUACGUAUAUGCAUAUGUUUAAUUAUUUUUCUAUA